AAUUAUGAGUACAAUAAAUUUAGCUUUUAUUUGUAGCAUUUAUUUUAUCUUUGUUAUAAUUGUGAAUGAAAAAAUAAUUGUAUAAUUCUUAACAUGUAUCAGCUUAUUACCUGAAUACAAUUUGAAUUAUGGUUGGCUGAAGGGUUAUAUACAACUUGUGCCAACAUUGUAAGGUGUGAAAGAUAACAGAUCGCUUUUUUCUUUCUAAUAUUGAUAUCAUGCAAAUGUGACAUGAAAGUUUCUGGCGCCAAAAUGACUACAUCAGAGAAACAAUCGAAGAUCAGAGAAUCUUUGCAAAAUUUACAGCCAGCAGCUACGGACAAAGAAAAUCUAGUUGGGGCUGGAAGAAUGCUCAAAGCAGAUUUAACACUCAAAGAUGCAUUAAAAAAAGAUAUUAAAAGCACAUCAGUGAAACCAAAAAAAGAAAGCACAAUACAUAAAAAAAUCGUUUACAAACAUAAAGCAGUUCAAACAGCGAGAGGAGAAAAGAUUAAAAUUGAAGUAGAAGAUUUGACUUCUGAAGCUGGUCCAAGUGAGAAUUAUUGGGAAGUAUUAGCAGAAAGACGACGAAUAGCUCUUGAUGAUGCAUUAGAAGAAAAUAAAGAACUACAUGAACGUAUAUCAAAAUUGCAAGAAGAAAAUCGUUUAUGUAAAGAAAUGUUAGAUGAAACACGGGCAUUGGUUGAAGUAUUACAAGAAAUGAUUGGAGAUGAUAGAAAUGACAUAAACAAUUCUUUGGAAGAUAGUGCUCUAUAAUUUUAUAUUAGACGUUUAUGAGUAAUAAAAAUAUUAGUUUCAUACAUUAUCUUAAUAUUGGAAGAAAGUUUAAACAGGGAUUAAGACUAAAAUAAUUUGCAUUUAUAUUUAAAGUUCAAUAUUAAAGUUCAAUUUGAAUUAUCUAUGUUUAUUUUCAUUAAUUCUUAAAUAAUUUGAAGAAGCACAAUUUACAUCACUUUUACUUACAUCGUUUACUUUAUUGAACU